AUGAAUAACCUCGGCCAACAAUGGUUGAGUGACCUUUCCAUCUCUUCGGACUAUGAUUUUGUUGGCUACAGACACUGGGGCUUUACCAUCUACCGCACCGGAUACGGACCUUCCUCCGACCAGCAAUGGCAGCGACUUCUCGAAACCAUCCAGACUAGUGCGCACGACGAAGCAAGAAGCUUAACCGACUCUAUUGAAGAAGAAGAAGACCCUAAAUUCCAGGAAUUGUGGUCGCUUUUCCGUCUUGAUGCACGCUCAGACCCUGCCCUAGCUGGCCUCGACAUAGAUCAACUUCGCCAGUUGUACAACAGUAGCAGUGGCGAGGGUAGCCAACCAAUGAACGCAGACUUCAACUUGCACCGAAUAUUCCUUUUCGCCGACGACGAGGUUCUGUCAGACCCUGCCGCUUCUAUUGUUAAAUGUGUAGAUGCCGACUACCGUGCAGAGGACUAUAAUUCGUGGAACCCGAGGGUGGGUGGACAACGUUACUUUGGCUGGAUGCGAAUGGAGCCUAGAAGCGUAGCAUAUCUCUGGGACGAAUUGGGUCAAUACGAAAUGAGUGAUAUCGCGCCUCCGACUAUUGGGGGAAGUCACUUGGUGACCUGGAAAGGACAGUUGUAA